GUAACUGAAUAAAUUCAUAUAAAGUCACGACGUAGCUGCUUGCUAGCACAGCCCUCCAGGGCUUGCGAGCUCCUUGCUCCUUCCGCGCGGGCACCGAGGCCGACGUAACGACUGGGGGGCUCAGUGUGAAAAAUACCUUAUGCCGAGGAAACAUAUGUAGUGUGCAAGAACGGGCGAGAGCCUGCACAUCGGCCCGCGUGGUCAGCCCUGCCGCGCUCGGGGGCCCGCCGCCUGACCACCUCCGCCAACCUGCUCGAAGUUUUCGCGCCGGGACCCUCACCGCUGCACCUGCCAUGCGGGUGGUCGGCCUUACCGGCGGCAUCGCCACGGGCAAGUCCACAGUGUCACGGGAGCUCAGUGUGCAAGGCAUCACCGUCAUAGACUGCGACAAGUUAGCACACGCCGCCACCAGCAAGGGGUCAUGGGGCUGGAAGCGCGUGGUGCAGGCCUUCGGGCGGGACAUACUCACCGCCGAGGGCGACAUUGACCGCGAGCGACUGGGCGGACUGGUAUUCAAUGACGCCGCCGCACGCCGCCGCCUCAAUGCCGCCACACACCUGCCGGUGGCGCUUUCGCUGGCGCGCGCGCUGCUACUCAGCUGGCUCAGCUGCAAAUGGGUGGUGGUCGUGGACAUGCCACUGCUGUUUGAGACGAAGUCGCACAAGCUGACUCGGCCCAACGUGCUGGUCGCCUGCAGCCCGGAGCAGCAGCUGGGCCGGCUCUUGGCUCGUGACGGCGGCAGCGUCGAGCGGGCCCAGGCACGCAUAGCGGCGCAGAUGCCGCUGGACGCCAAGAAGCGGCUGGCCGACAUCGUCGUUGAGAACGACGGCUCGGUGGAGCAGCUGAAGGCGCAGGUCCGCCGGCUGUCAGAGCGGCUGCGGCGGGGGAGCCUGCUGUGGGGAGUCCUGACUUCGCCGCUGGCCGUGAUGGCACUCGUGGCGGCAGUGGCACUGCGCCUGCGGUGAUUGCAGAAGGUGCCGUAACAAUGCAGCAUUACGGUACAAAGCUGUCACGCGUGUCCAUGGUUUCUUUCAUGCUAUCAUUACAUCGACGUGCGUUAUCAUACGGUGACAGCACAAACAUGCUGGUGUGACCGGUGGGAAAGGAGAGUAAGCCAAGCAGGGCCAGGUGGGGCAGCCUAGCGUCCAUGCCGCCGGCGGGCACGUGUUCGCCACGUAAGCAAAAUGCUACAUUGCAACGGUACAAGAGGUCACGGGGAUGCAGCCGUGAAGCAGGAACGCCUUGACGUUCAUGACGGUCCCCGUUAUUGACGUGCUUGAAAGAACGCAACACGCACAAGCGAACAUGACGUUGUAGAGCCGGCCAGUAAGCUAGUGCACAAGCAAAAAGAAAAGCGUGAGCAUGAGCCCAUGUGCUCGUGUUGUGGGUUGACACGUUUUGGACGGUUUGACGUUUUACCAUCUCGUCCUUUCUCUGGACACGCGCAUUCUGGCGAUUCGCAACCCCGAAAGCCAGA